GAAGUUUUGUCAAUAUCAUUUCCAUUAUGUUAUUAUGAAAUUUUUCUUCUCAUUUUGGUAUUUGAUUGCAUUCGUUAUAACCUGUAUUUUGCAGAUUUUCACGAAAAACGUCAUGCGGUUUUUCCACACAUCCAAGCAGUUAUUUGCUGCUGAAAAGUCUUCUCUAGCUACACUAAGAAAGAAAACGGGUUACACAAUUGCAAACUGCAAGAAGGCAUUGCAGCUCCACAAUAAUGACUUGAUUACGGCUGAGAAAUGGCUCCAUGAGCAGGCACAGACAUUAGGUUGGAAAAAAGCUACGAAAUUAGAAGGACGUCAAACAACUCAAGGUUUAGUUGGAGUUAUUACGAGGGGUAAUUGUGCAGCAAUGGUAGAAUUGAACUGCGAAACAGACUUCGUGGCUAAAAACAAUGAAUUCAAAAGUAUGGUGGAAACAGUUGCGGAAAGUUGUAUUCAUUUCAUUGAUUUCACAAGUAGACAAUGCAGAUGGAAUAUGCCUGUCACUAAGAUAUGCUUCAGCGGAGAACAGAUCAGAGAAUUACCUACUAAAGAUGGUAAAAAGUUAUCAGACUUGCUGGCGUUAAUGAUUGGAAGUGUGGGUGAAAAUGCAACUUUUAAAAGAGCAUUUUGUUUCAAAGCUGGACAUGGUGUGCUCUUAGCGGGAUACGCUCAUCCUUCCGGUGAUGAAUUGAAUAGUGUCCAGUUGGGGAAAUUCGGAAGUAUAUUAGCAUUUAAGCAAUUUGCUCCCAAAGAGGUAGAUUUAAAUAGGGUAGGCAAAGAAAUUUGUCAGCAUAUAGUGGGUUUGAACCCACUAGAAAUUGGUUCAAAAGAACAAGAAAACCCAGAACAGAAAGAAGAAACAUCUGAACAGAAGGAAGAGGAAUCAAGUGAACAGAAAAAAGAGGAAACGAUAGAACAGAAAGAAGAGAAUAGAUUACUUCACCAGGAAUUUCUCAUGGAUGAAGGUAUAACUGUGAAUGAAUAUUUGGAAGAAAGUGGUGUAGAAGUGCUUGAUUUUAAAAGAUUUAAGUGUGGAGAAGCUACAGCAGAGUCUGGUGACCAGCCAUUAGAUCUAGUUGAAACUUGUCAAUAAUAAUUUUUGAAUGAAAUCAAUUGUACAGAGAAUGCUUAUCGAGAAUGAUUAUGUGAAGAAGUUAUUAUGUAUUUCACACUAAUGUAGAAAAAUUUGAAAGUAAAUCUUUCGAAACACACU